CACCUAGGUGACGGAUAAACAAGAGGGUUAUAAUUAAUCGCCAUCGAAUACUACUCAUUGUCAGCCGAACUUUAUUUCGGGAGUUUCCGAGUGUAUUAUACGUUAUUCAUUUUUGUCAUGUCAGAAAACAUCGCGGAAAGCCUCCUCGCGCAAUAUUACGGAAUUUUCGAAAAUUCGAAAACUGAAAAAUGUCCAUCGAUCCGGGAAUGUGUAGGCAGCGUGGAGAACGAUUCGGAUAAAUUGAUCGAGCAAUCAACCGUGGACACGAAUGAUGACGACACGUCCAAGGAAACGGAAGUACAGGAAAAUGAUAUUGAAAACAAGGAGGAGAAUUCUGAAAUUGAUACUCCGGCGAGAUCCUCGCGAACGUUGAAAUGGGAAGCGCUCGAAGACGACGAAGAAACGUCCUCCGAGUUCGAUAUUAUUUUCGAAACGAAUACAACAGACAAUUUAUAUGAAAAUACCUGUGCCUCCUCCGGCAAAGAGACGCACGAUCUCGCUACAUAUGGCAAGACUGCCUCCACGGCGUUAGGUCUGGAAGACAACGAAGGGAACGAUUCGUAUCUCUCGCUUAGCGAAGACAUACUGCCGGAUAGUGCUUCAGACAUUUCUUCAAUAGCGGGAAUGAGAAAAACGAAGAAAUCUGCGAUAACGUUUGUUCCACCUUCGACGCCGCCGCCAAAUAGAACUCCGAUAUACAACGAGACUUUUGUAGAUUUAACGAGUACCGGCCUUACGUCAGUUCCUAUCGAAACGAUUGAGAAGUAUCCUACGAUACAAAUGCUGUAUCUUGAGGAUAAUAAUCUUUCCGAGCUUCCCGAAAGGCUUUUCGUUUCCCUGCAACAUUUACAGUGGCUGGACGUUCGAAAUAAUGUACUGACAAGCCUACCCACGAGCAUCAAGUCGCAUCCUUCGCUGGAGACCAUCUUGCUGCAGGGAAAUAAAAUUGAGAAAUUGCCAUUAGAACUUUGUCUGGUACCGAAACUUAAAACUCUGAAUGUAGCACAUAAUCCUAUCACUGUCCCUCCAAAGGAUGUUAUAACUCUUGGAUGUGCGAGUAUUCUCAGCUAUCUCCGGUCUGAAUGGAAUAAAUUGCAUCCGAAUGAGCCCGUGACAUUUGUGAAACAGAAGAUUGAACCAAAGGCAUCGACAAUCUUGUGUUAUCAGUCUCCGCGAGAAAAAGAACGAUGGAAAUUAUCGAAAGCUCCGCGUCGAGCAUCGAAGAGCACGAACGACAUCGGCGGUUCGUUCAAAGGAUCUGCGGUCAGGAAGAGAAGUAGAGCUUACAAGCCCAGUAACAGAUGCGAAGGUAAAGGUACUAACAUUGUUAUGGAACAACGACAGCAAUGGAUUUCUAAAGCGAGAGAUUUGCUGAGUGUACAAUCGGCAACAAUUCAAAGAAUUAAGAAUUUAGACACUAUAAAAGAAUGGAGACGUGACAAACGAAGCUUCAAUAAAAGCAUGGAAAAGAUAUCGAGAAGAAAUGAAGAUGAUAUUCCAUUUGCAAUUAACAUUGAAGACUACCCUGCAAUACGGAAACGUUCACAAAAAGCGGGAGACUAUGCAAAUAAUCAGAAACAGGAAAAGUUAAAAUCAGAAGAUAUAAAUCAAAAGAUUCAAGAAUAUUCAACAUUUCUACAGAAGCUCGAAAUUACAAAAUCUUCAGAAAUAUUAACACCUAAAUCUAAACAAAAAUAUCUACAAAAUGAAAUUAAAAAGCUCUCACAUCUUCAAAAGGAAGUGCACAAUCUAAGGAGAUACAACGAAAUUGUAUCAGUCCCAAUGAAUACUCCACACAAUUUAUUUUAACAUUUUCUUUUAUUCCGAUCAUUUUUUUUUAUGAAAAAUUUAAAAUUAAAAAACUCAUAUCAGUCUC